UCUUUGGUUCACCGCAGAGCGCAUGCGACGCUGUGGCUCGCGACCUCCGCUGACAGUGACGUUCACCGCUGGCCAGAUGUGCGUCUGUUUACUUUAAAUUUAGCUCGUGCGACGGCACCCCGAGUCUUUCAACCAAUGAGAAGCGCCGGGGGCGGGAUCGACUGGAAUAUUGAGGAUGCGAGAAAAUGAACAAUGUAAACCCGAACGCUUAUGGAUAUCGUGUAUUGGCAUCAAUUAUACAUUCAUAAUAUUGUCGAAAUGUAGAAACAAAGGGAUUUAUCAUUGGACGUUGGCGGCAUUGCAUUGUCUAUGUGCGGCUGAACGGGAUUUGGGGAGUGCACCAUUGAGCGGUGUGCUGAAGUUCAGGGUGAGGUACUGUCAUAUUGAAUAAAACGGCGUUGCGUCUCGGCAUCGUUUUAAUAGUUUUAAUCGUUCCAUCACUCGUAACGAAUCCAGUGUCUUUACUCAUCGAUAUCGUGGACCUUCAACUUCACAUUUGCGACCGAGUGCAGCCCACCCCAAGGGCACUGGCUGCGACCAUUGUUUCCUUGUCAUAUAUUUCAUACCCAAGAACACAGCGUCUUUCAUCCAGGCACCGACAGCUCACAGCCAGCAGCUUACUAAAAUAUUAACGUGGCUGCUGGCGUUUGCUUCAUGCCUGUGUAUAUGGACGGCAUUCAGUCUCCUCAUUCAUCCAAACGAAUUUGCAAUUAAGGGAAGCGCAGAGGGAUUCACUGAGCCAUGAGGAGAGUGGCGCUACGAAAAGAGAAACUGCACUACAUCAUCUCCAGUGGACAUCAACGAAGAGCACACGCAUUUAUGUUGAAUGGGCGUACCAUGCUGUAAACAGAGUACGUAAAAGCAAGACGGAUAGAAAGCGCGAUUUGAGUUUCUCUUUCUCGCUAAUGGACAAGUGGACAUUGGGGCUAUGCUGGAGCUUCGGCCCCUGCUGUCCGGGCCAUCUCCCCCCUGCUGAGGCUCCCGGCCGGGCCCUGGAGCUCAAAGGGUGAGAGAGACAGCCUCAUGCAGGCACGCAAGAAGUACGUGCUCCUGGGCCUAUGCACGUGCUGCUGGCUGCUGCUCUAUUAUUGGGGCGGCUUGCAGGAAUGCCUUUUGGGUCUCAUCACCCACAGGAGGGGGGAAGUGGCACGGCCCUGGCCUGACUGGUUGGAUCGGGUGCUGCUCCCGGACUACGCAGACCAGGCCGAACUUCAACAUGGUGGGGGACCCGGUGAGUCACCCAGGCAGCGGCAGCAGACAUGGGCCGGCAUUUACAAGGACAGUCACUGCAGGAUGGACACCUGCUUCGACUUUGCCCGAUGCCAAGGUCAAAGUGGAUUUCGGGUGUACGUCUAUCCACCGGAGAAGGGAGAGCGGGUGUCAGAAAGUUAUCGGAAGAUUCUCACCUCAGUGGCGGAAUCGCGAUAUUACACGUCGGACCCGCGCGAAGCAUGUCUUUUCGUGCUGGGCAUCGACACGCUCGACAGGGACCAGCUGUCCUCGCAGUUCGUGCCCAACGUGGAUGAGCGCAUUCGAGGAUAUCCCCUCUGGAACGAAGGACGCAACCACGUCAUCUUUAACCUUUAUUCAGGAACUUGGCCUAACUAUACUGAGGACCUGGGAUUCAAUGUAGGUCAGGCCAUUUUGGCCAAAGCAAGCCUGAACACAGAACACUUCAGACCAGGCUUUGACAUUUCCAUACCUCUGUUUUCUAAAGAUCACCCGCAAAAGGGCGGCGAGAGGGGAUGGUUAGUUCGCAACACCGUCCCCCCUCGGAGGAAAUACCUGUUGAUGUUUAAAGGUAAACGUUACUUGACAGGCAUUGGCUCAGACACUCGAAACGCUUUGCAUCACAUCCACAAUGGUAAGGACAUUGUGUCGCUAACAACUUGUCGCCACGGCAAGGACUGGGAGAAACACAAGGACGCACGCUGUGACCAUGACAACCAAGAGUAUGAGAGAUUCGACUAUCAAGAGCUGCUCCACAACUCCACCUUCUGCCUCGUACCUCGUGGCCGGCGCUUGGGCUCAUUUCGAUUCCUCGAGUCUUUGCAGGCCGCUUGUAUCCCAGUGUUACUCAGUAAUGGAUGGGAGUUACCUUUCUCUGAUGUCAUUCAAUGGAACCAGGCAGUCAUCGAGGGCGACGAGAGACUGUUGCUACAGGUGCCGUCUACGGUGCGUGCUGUAGGCAUUGACAGGGUGCUAGCGUUGAGACAGCGCACACAGAUGCUCUGGGAAGCGUAUUUCUCCUCCGUGGAUAAGAUCGUACUCACCACACUGGAGAUCAUAAAGGACAGAGUGUAUUCCCACAUCUCCAGAAAUAAAUUAAUGUGGAAUGCCUUACCUGGUGGGCUGCUGGUUCUGCCCGAGUACUCUACACACCUGGCCCACUAUCCCUUCUAUUACUUAAACCUUGGGAUCAGCCCAGGUCAAGAGUUUACCGCUGUCAUUCAUUCCACCUCACCUCUGGUGUCCCAAUCUCAGCCAAUCAUGAAGCUUUUGCAAGUCGUCUCCAAAUCCAAAUACUGCUCACAGAUCAUAAUCUUGUGGAACAGUGAAAAGCCGCCCCCUCACCGGAGUAAAUGGCCGCCUAUGCCAGUGCCCCUUACUGUCACAGAUGGCAGAAGAAAAACAAGCAGUCGUUUCUUGCCUCAUGCAGCUAUCGAGACUGACGCGGUUUUGAGCCUCGAUGAAGACACGGUUCUGUUGACCAAUGAGAUCAAUUUCGCUUUCCACGUUUGGCGGAGUUUUCCUGAGAGGAUUGUUGGCUACCCUCCCAGAAGCCAUUUCUGGGACCCGGUUAAAAGAGCCUGGGGCUACACCUCUAAAUGGACCAAUGAGUACUCCAUUGUCCUCACUGGAGCCGCCUUCUAUCACAGGUAUUACCAUCACCUGUUCUCUCACUACCUGCCCUCGUCUCUCCGUGCGCUGGUGGAUCGCACCUUAAACUGUGAUGAUAUCCUGAUGAAUUUCCUGGUCUCUGCUGUGACACACCUGCCACCCAUCAAAGUGGCACAGAGGAAGCAAUAUAAAGAGAUGCCCGCUCUGCAGGGCUCCAAGACGGCCCCUUGGGCGAACCCUGAGCACUUUACCCAGAGGCAAGAGUGUGUUAACACCUUUGCAAGCUGGUUCGGUUAUAUGCCUCUAGUGCACUCGCAAUUUCGCCUGGACCCUGUACUCUUCAAGGACCAUGUGUCUGUUUUCCGCAAGAAGUACAAAGACCUGGAGCGUGUCUGAGCCAAGCUGACAGCUCGACAGUCGGAUGAGACCAGAGACGGGUCACACACUGAUAUAGACAUUGAUGGAGAGAUCUGUUUCUUUCUGUCCACUAAGAGCCAGAUGACUACAGCUUCUGGCUUUUGUAGGGGCCUUCCAGCUACGCUUGUGGUGGCCAAUCAGAGUGCAGGAGUGAGAUAUACAUAUAUGAUGGUUCUCUAUAUUUGACUGACAGCUUCAGGGAUGAGUGAAAACGCAUCACAGAUCUGUCAGUCAUUCUUGCUGCCGUUUCAUUGGGGAAGAGUUUGUAGCAUGAUGCUGACGGAGAUGUCGACUAACACAUGACAGAGUCGCCGGCAAACAACAGACUGAUCACAUGAACUGAUAAUUACAUGACCAAUAAAAUAAUUCUAAAACGCAAACUUUCUGGG